UGGCCACCGAAGUACGCAUUUUACGACCGUGCCACAAGCACAUACGAAAGAAUAAGCGAAUUAUCUAUUAUUUCAAUAUCGAAACGAAAUGAAAAUGUUUUUGCUAACGAUGUUGGCCUGCCUGGCGGCCGCUGUGUGCGCAGGACCCAGCCAAUCGCUCGGUGAAUCGAAGCUGCUGCAGGCGAUGCGCAGCACCAACGCACUGCAGCAAAACAAUCCGGCUCGCUCUAUAAAGUGCUUUCAGUACUACAGCGAGGUCUUCGAUCAGCUGCUGCAGCAGUACGAGGAGCAGUAUCAAACCUGCGAAAAUGCCAGCGAAACUCAGCUCGCGACUCUCGAUUGGCUGUACGAGUCGAAGCUGUCCGGCUUGAGCAAUAAUGCUCAGUCCGCCUGCCAACUGAUUCAAAACUGCGAUAAUCUAACUGAUACCGCUUCAGCUCUAGCCUGUUACGCACAGGUGGGCACUGAAGAUGCCAAAGUUAUGUACAACAUUUCGGGCUCAGCCAGCCAGUAUAACGGCGAGUUCAAUCAGAAGAAGCAGGUGAUCGAGUACCAGCUCGAAGAGUGCUCGAAUGAGGCGAGACGUGCAUAUGAGGUUGACACGGAGCAGACCUAUGUCAGACUGCAAGCUUGUUUAAUGGGCACCGAGCCGGUGCCAAGUACCACUACGGCUGGGACUAGUGCAUCGCCAGUGACCACAACAACUACGCCCGUUCCAAGCACAGCGGGAAGUAGCACAGCCGAUACUAGUUCGUCUACGGUGAUUAGAACAACAACAACGCCCGUUCCAAGCACCACCGCUCGUUCAACAAAAGUGCCAAAAACUACAACAACAACAACAACAACCGAUAUUCCAGUUACAACAACUACAACAGGUGCUUACACGACCAGUUCGAUUCCAGUUUCAAAAAGCACUACAAUUGCAACAACUUCAACUUCCAGAAGACCCAUUCCAAGUAUAAGGCCCACAACACCGCCAGUUCCGUUGACAACAACACCUGACUUCACAUCCACUCCCACUCCCAGUUCCACUCCCAGUUCCACUCCAAGUUCCAGUUCCAGUUCCCAUGCCACACCACCAGUUCCACUCGAUUCCACAACAGCAUCACUUAUCAGCACAACACUUCCAGUUCCCCUCUCAAUGACAUCGGCUUUAGCUCCAGUCAAGCCAACAGCUUCGGCCGCGCCCAGCCUCAGCUCAGAUCUUAAGAAACUGCUGCACUCGCUGCUACACUAGACAACAUGGUUUAUGUACUGCAUUAAAUAGGUAACGAGCUGACAAACCCUCGCUAACAUUGAAGUUGCAAAA